AUGGCGUCCUUCAACGGCCCCUGGUCCAGCGACCUCGACACCUUCAAGAAGUCAGUGCAGUCGAUGCCAGAUCAGUACAAGUCCUCUUUUGCCAAUGCGUCCAAGUCUACCCUGGAAAAGGUCUGUGACCCGAAAGUUCUCCACAUUUGGGAAUCCAAUUCCGAUGCCGAUGGUCUUCUGCAACUUACUUCGGUCAUUGCUAAAUUGUGCGACCUGGGGGUGCGCAAGCACAAAGGCGCCAAUGACGGUGAUGGUAGUAUGCUGAUCAUUGCCGAAGAAAGCCGGUCUCGGAACGGCUUUGGUCGAAUUUGCCAAUUGGUGGAGUAUCUGACUGGGGCUGACGGCGAGAGACAUCUCGAAGGUACAGUGGUGGUGUUUAGCAAGGUAGUGGUAGCGAGGGGAUGGGAUAACAGCAUUUUAUCCGGACAGGAAGAGGCGCUUGUUAAGACAGUGAAGAGAGUUAAUACGGCAGUUGAGCGCGUGUUGAAAAUGAGUGGGUUGAAGAAGAUUGUUUGGCAUCACGGUGCUGUGCUACACUUCUUGCUCCAGUGGAUCAACAUCACGACAUCCUCUUUACGAUCUGCUUUAUCUGCCAUCACCAUUACAGGAUCUCUCAAUCUCACGGAAUGUAUCGCGCCUUCCGCUGCUGGGCGCGCGAAUACACUGCCAGAUCUGGAGCGCUUAGAGCAAUACGCGAAGAAAUUAGACAUACCAGUUGUCUUCCUCGAUGCACCUAGCCAACUACUUAACUUCGAAUAUCUGGGCACCUAUAUUUACUACUACGGUUACUACAUCAACACUUUUUUGCCUAACUCGUUGGCCCGCUCCCAUCUUCACAAAGCGCAAGAUGAACUUAUCACGUUCGCUUUUAGGCUACGAAGUGCGAGUGAAGGCCGAUACGGUAGUGAUGUAGUCAAGAUGGUGCAGAAGCAUCUCGAUGCGAACAAGGCGAGACACUGGGCCAAAAUGUGCGUUAGCAAAGAAAGCUACGAGAAGAGCAAAUGCAGAGCAGCUGGCAAAGAUGAAACGAUUCAUCAUGCUGUUCAGUUAGCUGAUAGCCCUUUCGCUCUUCUAGCCUCUGGUGCUGGGGUACCAGCAUUUGCACGACUUUCGGUUGGUCCUGCAUGCGCAUCUACACAAGACUACUACACCGCAGCGCCUGUCAAAAUUGCUUUUGCUAAGGUCAGGAUUCGGCCUACUAGUCCUGCCACUUUUCACGUCCUCAUUCCACAAUCCUCUCAAGAUCUCGAGAGAGUCACAAAUCGCAUACAAGGACUCAUGAUGGCCGUCCUAGAACGCGUAAGGCAGGAGAAAGGCAACCCAGUACUCAGUGACACAGAGAAGGGAAUGUGGGAUGCUGUUGUCAAGGCAUGUGAAUGGGCGAUUGGGGGUUGUGACGAAAGCAAUAUGCCCAAGGGUGUGGCGAAGAAAGUCGGAUUCGUCAAGGGAAAGUUGAGAGAGGGAACUUGGGGCUUUGCGCUAAAUCCACCCAAAAAUCGAGGUGUCGCUGCGACGACCAACACCAAUGCAGGAACGGCGAUGCUGGAGCCGAAUCGUACGUAUGGGUUUGGGCAGAGCACGCAGCAGACUAGGGGAUCGCAUUCGACAUAUACUGGAACCCAGCAACAGCAGAUACCACAACAUGGUUGUGGGGCCGGACUACCACAGGGUCUUUUGCCUAGUCCUGUCCAGGGUAUAUCGUAUGCUCAGCAGGUGCCUUCCCAGAUGCCAACACAAGGUAUGUAUGCUGGUGGUCAGGGGCAGGCUCGAGUUAUACCAUCGCGUCAUGGAUUUGGACACGGUGGAAGCGGUGGUGGAGGACAUCCACAGAGUAUGGGCGGACCUUGGUGA